GAUCGGAAAAUCUUGCAGGGUGGCAGCCUUUCUAGCACUGUGUGAGAGUGAGUGAGGGAGAGAGAGAGAGUGAAAUUGCACUGACAUCAUUCCGCUUUCUUCAAGAAAAGAAAAACAAAUUAAAAUGGAAGCACUAGACAUACUUGAAAAAAGGAUAGAUGCCCUGACGCGAGUACUUGGCCCCUUGCCGGAAGCCCAUGGAGAACACUCGGACGGCAGCAGCAGUUCCCAAUCAGCGAAUAUUGUUGACUCACUCUGCUCUGCCAACGCUUUGUUGAGUGAAGCAACCACUGGACGCACACAGCUGCAGCAGUGUGUGGGACGAGCGGCCGAGCUGGAGAAGUAUCUGGAUCCAAACUUUUUGGAGGAACAGCAGCAGGUGCGAUCCAAAGAGGUCUAUCUGAAUGCUGUGGCACCGGAGCUGUAUGCACAGAGUGAACAAUUGGAGCGAGUCAAGCAGCUGGAACCGGCACUGGGUGCUGAAUACUUUCGCAGCAUACCCAAUGAGUGUCUGGACAAGCUUAAGCAGAUCACCGAGAACAAUGGCGAAUAUGCCCAGCAAAGCGAACUAAUCGAGGAGAGCCUGAUAUUGGCCAUGAAGCGAUAUGGUGAGAUACAAGCGGGUCUCCUCAGCUCACUGGAUACCAUGAGUCAGCGCCUCGAUCAGGUGGAGCAGCGCAUGGAGCAAAAGAAGCGUUCCGACUUGACAAAGGAUGUUCCCUUAGAGGGCUGAGAAUUGCAAUUGCUGAAAGUAUUUACCCCUAGACAUUGUUCCACUGUUCGCCUGUAAGAUUUAUAUAUUUAAUACACUAGCACAAUACACGAAUCUAUCAACUAAAAC